AUAUAUCAUCCAUCUUGGAUUGUGUAUGUACUUGGUGGGGUUGGCCAGCUGAGGCUGGAGGAAUGAAUUUUGAUUCUUUUUCCUGAAAUUUGUUAAUCUUUACAUUUGUGAAGUCGUAUUUAAGCCAGGAAACGCACACCAGUUUCUGCUGUUUACCACAUUAUCUGAUCGAAUCUUGCAUCAUUUGUGUACAAAUUGAAGAGGAAACAUGAACCCCUCUGAUCAUGGGUUUAACCCAGCCUUCAACAUGGCUGCAAUUAAACAAGUUAUUAAUGAAGCUGUGGAAAGGGUGAGGAUGCCUACUCCUAUGCGGUUAAGGGAUCUGAUCAGACAGAUACGGGCUGCACGGACAGCAGCAGAGGAACGUGCCGUAAUAAACAAGGAGUGUGCUUAUAUCCGUUCAACAUUCCGUGAAGAGGAUAGUGUCUGGCGCUGUCGGAAUAUUGCCAAACUUCUGUACAUACAUAUGCUUGGGUAUCCAGCACACUUCGGUCAACUAGAAUGCUUGAAAUUGAUAGCUUCUCCAAGGUUCACUGACAAACGCAUUGGAUACUUGGGUGCCAUGUUGUUGUUGGAUGAACGCCAGGAUGUCCACCUGCUCAUCACAAACUGCUUAAAGAAUGAUUUGAACAGUUCAACACAGUUUGUGGUUGGCCUUGCACUAUGUACCUUGGGUGCCAUUGCAUCGCCUGAAAUGUCUCGUGAUCUUGCCUCUGAAGUGGAACGGCUGAUGAAGUCACCAAAUGCAUAUAUCCGCAAGAAAGCUGCAUUGUGUGCAUUCCGCAUAAUACACAAAGUUCCAGAAUUAAUGGAGAUCUUUCUCCCAGCGACACGGUCAUUACUGUCAGAGAAAAAUCAUGGCGUUCUAAUCACUGGAGUCACCUUAAUCACUGAAAUGUGUGAAAACAGUCUCGACACACUAAAUCACUUCAAAAAGGAUUCCAGUCACCAGGAGAUUGUGCCAAACUUGGUGCGUAUUCUAAAAAAUCUAAUACUAGCAGGCUAUUCUCCAGAACAUGAUGUCUCAGGUGUUAGUGACCCCUUUCUUCAAGUUAAGAUUCUCUGUCUGUUGAGGAUAUUGGGGAAGAACGAUGCUGAAGCCUCGGAAGCAAUGAAUGACAUUCUUGCUCAGGUUGCAACAAACACUGAAACAAGCAAGAAUGUUGGCAACACAAUCCUCUAUGAGACAGUUCUUUCCAUUAUGGAUAUUAAGUCAGAGAGUGGCUUGAGGGUUCUUGCCAUCAACAUUCUUGGAAGGUUUCUGCUAAAUAAUGAUAAGAACAUUCGUUAUGUGGCUUUGAAUACACUUCUGAAGACUGUGUACAUUGACACCAGCGCUGUGCAGCGGCAUAGGAGUACCAUCCUGGAGUGCCUCAAGGAUCCUGAUGUUUCAAUUAGACGGAGAGCUCUUGAACUAAGUUUUGCGCUUGUUAACUCCAAUAACAUCCGGACAAUGAUGAAGGAAUUGCUGGUGUUUCUGGAGAAAGCUGACCCUGAGUUCAAAGCACAGUGCUCAUCCAGCAUUGUUUUAGCAGCAGAGCGCUUUGCUCCCAAUAAGCGCUGGCACUUGGAUACAUUACUCAAAGUGCUCGUAGCGGCUGGUAACUAUGUUCGGGACGAUGUGGUGUCCUGCACAAUCCAGUUGGUCUCAGAGUCAACAUCACAGCAGGGCUACAUUGUAGAGCAGCUGUGGCACGCGCUGGAGAGGGACACAAUGGACCGGCAGCCACUCACACAAGUUGCCACCUGGUGUAUUGGAGAGUAUGGAGACCUUCUUAUAUAUGGACCUUCUACCAGUGAAGACAACCCCAUCAGGGUGUCAGAAGAUGAUGUAAUUGCAGUAUACCAGAGAUUAUUGUGGUCCACACAGAACACAAUCAUUACCAAGCAAUAUACAUUACUGUCACUUACAAAACUCAGCACACGCUUCCAAGCAGGCAAUGACAAGAUUCGCCAAAUCAUUGACACAUUUGGCAGCCAUCUGCACAUUGAGCUUCAGCAGCGUGGUGUGGAGUUCUCUCAACUAUUUCGGAAGUAUGAGCAUAUGCGACCAGCAUUACUGGAGAGGAUGCCCCCCAUGGAGACUGCACGACCUGCUGAUGCAAAUAACACAGCUGCCUUGACAAAUGGCGAGACAUCAGAAGAUUUGGAUGCAGUAGGGGACGAGGGAAACCUGCUUGUAGAUGGCACAAAGGAAUUUCGUGAAUCCGAGACACAGGACUCGAAUGCUCUGCUGGUUCUACUGGGAGGUGCAGAUAACGCUGAGAGUGAUAUUACACGUCAGACAGAAACCAGUAAACCUGCCAGCACAGACAAUCAGGAUCUUCUUGAUCUGUUAGGCGGAUUGGACUUGAACAGUAUUACCUCUGCACCAGUAGCUCCUCAGAACAACAGCAACAUCCUCCUGAACACAAACCAAAGCUCUAACUUCUUAGUGGAUGGUCUUCUGAACAGCGAACCUGUUAUAAACCAUUUACCAAGUAUCACAGCAUAUGAGAAGAAUGGUCUGAAGAUAGUGUUCUCUUUGGAACGUCUGCCAGAAAACCCCAACACGACGGUGAUCAGAAUGUCUGCCAUGAAUGAAACCCUUAACCCUAUCACCGAGUUCCUGUUUCAAGCUGCGGUGCCUAAAACAUUCCAAUUGCAAAUGCUUUCUCCGUCAGGUACUGUGAUAGCACCUGCUGAUCAGGUGACACAAGUUCUAAGGAUCACAAACCCCAACAAGACAGCCCUUCGUAUGCGUAUUCGAGUCUCGUACAGUGCAGGAGGCACAACACUACAAGACCAAGCAGAGGUGAAUAAUUUUCCACCAGAGAGUUGGCAGUGACCUUAUGCUGCAUGAGGAGCAUGUUGGCAUUAGUCAUGGCAAUUGCUACUGUUCUUCAGGCAAUAGGAAGGCAAAUAAGUGCCAUCUUGGCAUAAUAAUGGUCAGUCUGAUCGCUGGGCAGCUCCAUGGAGGCAGAGUGUACUUAAUCACAUUCAGUUUGUGAUGACACAGGAAUUCGAGCUUUUCCAGCUCUUGUGGUGCGAGUAUCAUUACACAGGUGUCUAGUUAAGGCUCGAAGCAAGAGACUAUCAGGUAAUGAGCCCAUGACCAAUGAAAUUAAAGGGCUCAAUUGCAAUGGGUAGGGGGUCAUAUGAAGGUUCUGCUUUCUCACAAAUUUGGAGGAAUGUUAUGCCUAUGUAUUGCUUUUUAAUGCUGUUUUGUGCAAAGUGCUUUCAACAUGUGCUGCACCAUUUUCUUAAUAUGCUCUAGUGUACAUAAUAUUGACGUUGAAUAUCCUUAUGAACCCAUAAUAAUUUAUGAAGUUCUGAAUUUAUCAGAUACCAAAUAUAGGAAGGAUUAGCAGUCAGAUAAUAAUUUUCUUUGCAGUUGAUUUGUCUGGUAUGUGAGAACAAAUGAAUCAGCAGAAUGAGGACUUUGUCUGCAGUCAUUAAUGUAUUUUAUUCAUUCAUAUUUGUAGUUAUUACUGUGAAGUAAUCAGUUUGUUCGUAAGUGAUGCUGUGAUAAUGUGUAGACGGGAUGUAGUGAAGAAGUUACAGUACAUACAUACACUUACACAUGGCAGAAAAUAAGACUUUCUUUUUCUGACAAAUAUUCUUAUAGCCCUGUUUGUUUUUCCAAUUUAUCUUUGACCUGUGUAAGAUUUGAGGCUUUCACGGCGGUGACUAUGAAGAAAGCAGUCUUCUGGGAUUUGGCACCGUGUAUAAG